GGACCAGGGCCUGCACUCGAGCUGUCAUCAUGGUCCCGCCGCCACUGUCCCUGCCGCUCUGCACGCUGCCUCCGGGCCCAGGACCUCCCCGCUUCGUGUGCUACUGCGAGCCAGAGAGUAGCGAGGCCUCGGGUCUCGGCGUCUUCCACCUCCACGUGACAGACGGCGCGGAGCUCUGGAGCGCCCGCCUCCCGCCGGACAGCGAGGCCGCACGCAAAGCCCGUUGCGGCCUGGAUGUGGAUGAGGACCUCGCCGCGCGGUUCAGGACCGCCUGCCAGCAGCAAGCCAUCGCCCUGAGCCUGCGAGAGGACCGCGCAUCCCUGACUCUCUCCGGGCCUCCCUCCACGCUGACCUUUGACCUCUCCAAGGUGCCCAGCCCCGAGGCAGCCCCCAGGUUGCAGGCGCUGACCCUGGGCUUGGCAGAGCGCGUGUGCAGCCUGGAGCAGCGCCUGGCAGCUGUGGAAGAAGCAGCCAUCAGUCCCAGGAAGAGCCCGCGGCCAGCAAGGCCUCCACUCUUCUUACCAGACCAUGAUCCCCAGCGAGGCAGCCCUGGAGCUGGGGUCAGGAGACGGUGUCCAGGGGAGUCCCUCAUCAAUCCUGGCUUCAAGAGCAAGAAACCGGCCAGUGGUGUGGACUUUGAUGAGCCCUAAAGGAACACCAAGACACCAGGCCUGUGGAGGAGUCUGCGUGGGAAGGGACACUGCCCCAAUGGGCUCACCCUGCUGUGUUGCUGGUCCCAUGUCCUUCCUAGCCAUCAAAUAAACAGUUCUGUCAGGUGGA